CCAACUUCAUUCAAAUCCGAUCUGUCAAAAUUUUGCAGGAAAGUACCGAGGCACAUGAGCGCUGUUUACUCACAGAAAUUCCACUGUUUUCGGUUCUGAACCCGUGUUCCUCUCAUCAAGCAAGUGCCCCUGUAGUGUGUGUUAUGAUGCGUGUGGGUGGUCCGAGCGUGCGGCGGCCGUGAUCGCGUCGGGGCUGGUCAUUGCGCAAGCAGCAGGUCGCGAUGGGAGCGAAGGCGAGCACGGCCGGGGGCGGCGCGGGCGAGCGGCCGCGGACGUUCAGCACCAGCUCCAGCUCCGAGGUGGUGGCGGGCGGCGGGUUCAGCCUGCUGCGCGCGCUGCCGGGGCUGCUGCCGGCGCCGGACCGGCAGCGCGCGCGCUCGCUGUCCUCCGUGCCCGACCUGCCGGGGCCGGCCGCCGCGCCCGCCGCCGCCGCCGCCGACUCCAACAGCGAGCCCGACGACGCGGCGCCGCGCGUGCUGGCCGCGCACUCCCUGCCCUCGCACAUCUGGUCCAUCAACGGCAUCAAGUGCCCGGUGUGCAGCAAGUUCGUUCUGCCCGACGACAUCGAGUGCCACCUCGUCAUGUGCCUCACCAGGCCCAGGCUGUCUUAUAACGAGGACGUGCUGAGCGACGCGAAGGGCGAGUGCGUGAUCUGCCUGGAGGAGCUGGUGGCGGGCGACACCAUCGCGCGCCUGCCCUGCCUCUGCAUCUACCACAAGGGGUGUAUAGACCAAUGGUUCGAAGUGAACAGAUCGUGCCCCGAGCACCCUGGCGACUAGUGCGCCCCCAGCCAGCCGGCCCAGCCAAGCCAAGCUCUGGUCCAGCCAAGCCAAGCCGCCAGCCAGCCCGGCCCAGCCUAGUGCCAUGCGCGAGUGAUAGUUUUAUACAAUGAACAGACUUAGCCCACGGGCAGUGUAAAUAAUGUGCUAGUGACAAGUUUACCAUUUAAUGAAUAAUAAACAACUAAAUUACAAAGACAUUUAUUAUAGUUAUAAUAAUGGGGAAAAUUCUCGGUGGAGUAUUAAUAUUAAUGAAUAUAUUAUUGUAAAUUUUACAUCGUUACGGUUUAGUUAAAGUUUGAAUUUUAUUUGUAUUUUUUUCGAUUUUGUUUUUUAAAUAAUAACGUGUAUGUAUUGUAUUAUGUAUGUAUAGGGAGCAUGUAUGUGUGUGAUUGAGACAUAAGUAAGAGAGUUCUGUUAGCGUACUGUGAUCUUAUAGAGCAGUUUACAUAUCUGUUUAUUAAGCUUAUGUAUAAUUAUUAAUAUAUGAUUUGAUCUUUUUCAUCUUGAUAAAUAAAGUUGCUUUGUUUCUAAAUUUU